CUACUGCUACAGUCACACGGUACACUGGAAGGGGCCGGGAUCGCUGCCUCCUGGAAGCAGCGGGGUGGUCAAAAGCUCUAGUCGCCGGCGAAACUUCCCGGAAUUUGCACUACAUUUCGACUGUACGGCGGCGCGUGGCCACGGACUAUCACUAGAGGAGAGGAGAGGAGAGCACACCCGAGUUCACAGUUUCAGUCUCAGUUGUUACAGCCUUUGCCCGGAAGGACCAAGAAGAAGAAGAACAGUAUACGUGCCACACAAGCUAGCUCGUCGUCGGCGUCGAUCGCUCCCCGCGUUCCGAGCCAAGAGAAGAUGGGCCGCGGGAGGACGGAGAUGAAGAGGAUCCACAACGACGUGUCGCGCCGGGCCACCUUCGGCAAGCGCCGCCGCGGCCUGCUGAAGAAGGCGCGUGAGCUCGCCGUGCUCUGCGGCGUCGAUCUCGGCCUCCUCGUCUUCGACGAUGACGGCGCCGGCAAGCUGUUCGACUACUGCAGCCCCAACACAAGCUGGAGCGAGCUAAUCGAGCGCUACGAGAGCAUCACCAACCACAAGUUCCAGUUCCAGGGGAUAAAUCAUGUUGAUGAUCAGCAGCAACCGUUGGCGGAUAUCAUCGCAGGGCUGAGGCGUGAGCAUGACCGUCUGGAGGUCAGCGUGAGGAGGCAGACCGGAGAAGACCUGCCAUCCGCCGCGACGGCGGCGGAACUCGAUGAUCUGGAGCAGCGACUGGAGCGCGUGCUGGGUGAAGUUCGUGAAAUGAAGGACAAGCCGCUGGAGCAACAGUUGGACGAAUCAUACCACAAGGUGCACACCUUGGAGGACCAGAACAGCUUCCUUCGCCGCCUGAUGGGCGAGGAGGGGCAGCAGCGUGCUGCUGUGGAGGCGUCAGCUGUGGCGCCGAAGCUACCGGCGACGGCGUUCGGGGGAUCCUUCCCGGAGGUGGAGGAGGAGGAAUUGACAGCGCUACGGCUGUGGCCGCGGCAGCUCCCCGACGUGUAAGGCAUAGGCCUGAAGCCCAGCCUGCACUCUGGUGAAUGGUGAUUAAGGUCGAGGAGAGAUGAUAGCCUGACGGAAGACUGGUGGAGAUUAUAAUUGAUUAAUUAUAAGGAAUCUAGCUUAAACUUACUAGUAGCAGGCCAGUAGUGAGGACUAAGGAUCCGGCCUAUGUUCAGAGGACAUAUUUACCUUAUAAAGGAUGAAGGGGUUGUUAGUCACGACCAAGCCAUCCACGUCGGCUAUGAACAGUUAGCAAGCGGGCAGCGAGCGCGAGCGGGUAGCGAGAGAAAAAGGGUACACGUGCGCUGCGAGAGAAAAUAUCUCGUCUCUCUCCCGAGCGGGCAGCGAGAGAAAAAGGGUACACGUCCGCUGCGAGAGAAAAUAUCUCGUCUCUCUCCCUCCUCCCUUCCCGUCGCCUCCUCCUCUUCCCCGUCCCUCACGGCCUCCUCGCCCCCUCCGCCUUCAGCACCUCUUCCUCCCCUUCCUCUCCUCCUUCCCUGCCUCCGGUUCCAGGCAUGGAGGGAUGAACCCGGAGAGCUGUAGCCGGUGGAUGCCGCGACGUACGGGGAGGCGAUGGCGAAGGGGAGUUUCGGUCAAGUGGAAUCUGAUGGGUUGCAGGGCGAGGAGCAGGGAGUAGCCUGGCGUAGAUACAGAAUAUCGGCCUCUCCCCACGACCCACCUCUCCCACCAGAGCACAACUAGUCAUCUAGGGUUUGGAUGGGUCUGGGUUCCUACAACGAUGGCAGCAGAGGCGACAAAGACCACUUUGCAACCUCGCCGAACUGUGUUACUGAACUGAAAGGGACGGCAGUAGUUCUACCACCGAUGGUGUUGCAUGUAAGCUGGAUGUUCUCAUUGUUCUGUUGGCUCUGAUCGGUGAUGCAGGAUGUGAGGUACAACUAUCAAAGUGACAUUAAUUUUGGUUUUGCUUCCUAUCCGCAGCCUCUUCUACACUAG